CGACUGUUUAGUCAGAGUUGAGGCGUUGCCUUUGAUAGUCGCGUCGAGGCGUGUAAUAAAUGCUUAUGAACAUCGGAGCAAGUGUGUCUGUGUCUGUGUUUGUGUUUGUGUUUGUGUUCAUGGAACGUGUAGACCAUGCAUAGCUGGCGAUAUCUUAUCGUAAUUUGUGCGAUUGCCUGCACCAAUGCUCAGAUCAUACCGCUAUCGAAUUACUGUCGUCAUGUGCACAAUUGGUGCACAUGCGAGCCGCAAGCAAACCUCGUUCGUAUCUCUUGCUUGGAUGAGUAUGCCAUGAUCUUGCAGAUCACGGAUACUGGCAAUAAUAUAGCGAUGAGUUAUUACGCCAGCGGGAAUAUACACUGGCUGCCGCGUCUAAAUAUCAGCCAGGUGGCACAGUUUGAGUUCGAUGCCUAUAAUUAUUGGCCGGAGACGUUUUUCGCAGAGCUCUUGGAUACUUUGGGCGUGGAGCAGGUGUUGAGCAUACAGUUUCGCGAUAGAAGCAUCGAAACAAAUGAGCAAUCGAAGCCCAAUAAAGAUGAGUACGAGUUGGAUAUAAAAGCGGAAGAUAUUGGUGCCAAAAAUGUGAGCACCUGGCUGUUUAGUGAGGUGCCCAUGCUGGAGUAUUUCAAGUACGAGAGCCAUCAGCGUGUGCUAAGUGAAUCCAUAUUUCAUGCAUUCCACAAUCUGAGCACCUUGGAGCUGCGCCUAGCUGUGCACCAUUUGCCAUUGCGUCUGUUCUCCAGCAUUGCGCAUAGCCUGCAUACUCUCUCGAUUUCGAAUCCCUACAAGUUCCACUUCCAACCAGCCUUGCUGCAGGAGCUGCAACAGCUACGUAAUUUGACUUUGCAGCUUGCCCGCUCCCCAGAUGAUCAAUCCAAGCAGCGAUUGUCUCCACUGUUUAUCUCCAUGCCGCAACUGGAGGAGCUACAUCUGUCGCGUGCCACCAGCUAUGUGAAUGCGACAAUGCUCCGUGGCAGCUACAACUUGCAUCUAAUUGGCAUUAAUAAGAAUCCGGAUCUAAGCGAGCUGCCCAGUGAACUAUUCCACGAUCAAGGCAAUCUUACCAAACUCGACCUAUCCCGCAAUGGCUUGGCCAAGCUGCCGAUGGAUCUCUUCAAUGGGCUGACCAAGCUGCAGCUGCUGGAUUUGUCAAACAAUAGGCUGGCAAACUUAUCAAGUGAGUUGUUCACAUCGCUGACUUCGCUCUCCACGCUGAUGCUCAAUCAGAACUCGCUGACUUCGUUGGAUCCGACAACAUUUGGAAAUGUGCGCAGUCUCAAUCUUGUCGAUAUGCGUGGCACUCAAUUCUAUGGAGUCAAAUUGUUUAUGCCCUUCGAGGCGCUGGUGUGCACCAAUGACGACGUCUGCCAGUACAAGUCGGCGGACUGGGAAUGCGAUCCACAAUGCAUUUGCUGGGUGCAACGGCACACACAGCAGCUCUCUGUGGAUUGUCGUGGCGCGCAGCUAAAGGAGCUACCAUUGCUGCCGCAUACAACACUGGUGCAGACAACACUUAAAUUAAAGAACAACAGCAUUAGCCAGCUUCCAGUUGCCAAUGGAAUUGUAGGCUAUGCCAAUGUAACCAAACUAAGCCUGGCUAAUAACCUACUCAGCAGCCUGGAUGCCGUCCAGCAGCUGCCGAACAACUUAAGUUUCUUGGAUGUCCGUGGUAACCAGAUAAGUGUCUUUGAUCAGGACUUUAUCAAUUAUAUGACCAAUAAUACCGUGAACCUGGCCCUGGGUGGCAAUCCGUUGAGCUGUGACUGCUCUGCCCUGCCGUUGCUUGGCUUUGUUCGUGCGCAGCCACAACGUAUCCAGGACAUUGGUGACAUAUAUUGCAGCGAAUGGCCGGAUAGGCCAUUCCAGCAGCUCGAUGUUGGCGAGCUGUGCCCCUCGUAUAUUCUGCUGGUUGGCUGCAUCUUGGGUGGCCUGGUCAUUAUCAUCUGCCUGUUCAGCGUGGUGUAUCUCAUAUACCAGCAGGAGCUCAAGAUAUGGCUCUACAAUCACAAUUUAUGCCUAUGGUUUGUGUCCGAGGAGGAGCUGGAUAAGGACAAAACCUACGACGCCUUUAUUUCAUAUUCGCACAAAGACGAAGAGCUGAUUGGCGAGCUGCUGCCGAAACUUGAGACUGGCCUGCAUGCCUUUCGCGUCUGCCUCCAUGGCAGGGAUUGGCUGGUCGGCGAUUGCAUUCCCGAGCAGAUCGUGCGCACUGUCAACGACUCAAAGCGCGUCAUUAUUGUGCUCUCGCAGCAUUUCAUCAACUCGGUAUGGGCGCGCAUGGAGUUUCGCAUUGCUUAUCAGGCGACGCUGCAGGAUAAGCGUAAGCGUAUUAUAAUUAUUCUAUAUAAGGAGCUCCAACACUUCGAAGGCAUUGAUAGCGAACUGCGCGCCUAUCUCAAGCUCAAUACUUAUCUCAAAUGGGGCGAUCCACUAUUUUGGAGCAAACUGCGUUAUGCCAUGCCUCACAAUCGACGUGUGCUCAAGGGGCAGAAGAAGCAUGCGGGUCCGCUAAUCUGAUUAACACGUAUCAGAUCAGCAGACACAUAUUAGGCUAUACUCAAUAAAAGUUUUCAUUAUAAUUAAGUUUAGCGUAACCAAUUCUAAGUUAAUUAAUAAUACUCGUUUACAACAUGAAAAGCAAAGCUAUUUAAUUUAUAU